GUCGGCCGGCGUGCCUGCCGCUGUCUGUGUAGGAACCUGUGGCUAGCAGCCUCCUGUUUCCAAAACAUUUUGCUAGCUGUAGCCAGUCAGCCGUAGACCCAGGCCUGUCGCCAAGCACACGACACCCAUCUGCAGCCACCUCCUGCAUCAGACGGGCUGCGCGGCGAGGACAGCUUGGCGGCUGCAGCAUCGGACUGGGCCGGACCUCGCAGCGAUUCCUCCGACGAAGGGGGGAAUAGGGAGCGAGAUUACUAGCCGCUCGGCUCAUCAACUCGCCUCUAACUCCUGUGUCGACCAGAGAUUCACGCCCCGGCCAUCUGCUCGCUGCCAAGCAAUCAGCCGACGUGAAACAGCAUUUGGAGGUGAAAGGUGGAGGAUGCGUGCUGCCAGCUAGCAGACGUUCACUAGCAAGCCGAGGGAGGACGGAGCUCUGGCUGGUGUGGCCAGAAGGCUGCGGCUCUUGUCAGAAUAUCGGCGGGGCGCUCGGGGCAGCAGCGAUCGUCAGGUGCCCAUCAACAGGCCCGCCGACAAACACUAGCUGGCCGGACGCUGGGCAAGGAGCGAAGCCAUUCCCUCCCACAAUAAAAGAAAGGAAAAACACAAGAGGUUCACAGGUCGCCAGGGGGAGACAAUGGAGCGCAUAUCAGUGAACCGCUUCUCGUUUCGUCGUAAAGGAAGCUGGCGAAACAAGGACAAGAACAAGGAAGAAGUGAAGGAGGGCUUUGAUAUGUCCACCAUCUCCUACAUCAGCCAAGAAGAGGCGCAGAACAUUGACGAGGAGCUCUUCACCAGGUACAGCUUCAGCGUCGACCAGCUGAUGGAGCUGGCGGGCUACAGUUGUGCUGUGGCCAUCGCUCGGUGCUACCCGACAGAGACGUUAAAGAAAGAUCACGCUGCAGUUCUGGUGUGCUGUGGGCCAGGAAACAAUGGAGGUGAUGGCCUCGUUUGUGCCCGACACCUCAAGCUGUUUGGCUACAAGCCAUCGAUAUUUUAUCCCAAGCAGUCCAAUAAGCCACUCUUCCAGAACCUGCGUGCACAAUGUGAGCAGAUGGACAUGCCUUUCCUGUCGUUCUUCCCGUCAGAACCCCAUCUCAUUGCUGAGUCAUACAAUCUCGUCAUAGACGCUCUCUUUGGCUUCAGUUUCAAGGGACCAGCUCGUCCUGAGUUUGCAGUCAUACUUGACAAGCUGAGGCAGAUACAGAAUGACGUACCGAUCUGCAGCAUUGAUGUCCCUUCUGGGUGGGAUGUUGAAAAAGGAUGUGAAGAUGGGCUUCACCCAGAACUUCUUAUCUCCUUGACAGCGCCAAAAAAGUGUGCUGCUUUUUUCCAUGGAAAAUAUCACUACCUGGGAGGUCGCUUCAUUCCACGCAGUCUGGAGCAGAAAUACAGCUUGAAUCUUCCCCCAUAUCCUGGCACAGAUCCCAUUGUGGAGCUGAAAAUGCACACAGCACAGUCUGCUUCUAAUGAGUAGUGCUUAAGUUCUAUUCUGUAAGCAUUCUCUUUUUUUCUUCUCUUCAUAAUGAUCCUGAUAUUGUGACAUCUACACCAUCUUGGAUGAGGUGGGUGCAAGGUAGAUGUGUUGUUAAUUACAUUUAAUAACUGAUCUUUAACACAUUUCAGCAUUUAGAACCUACAGAGAUAGGGAUCAGGCAGAACUGGUUUUGCAUUAUGGACUGCAAGAGAUGAAAUAGCACUGAGUACAUUUUAAGAAUUUCAUGUAGACUGUAUCAAAACUAAGGCAACUGCUUUUGGAAAAUAUGCCUUUAGAGGUGAUUAUGGGAUACAUUAAGAAAUACACAAACACCAACCAAUUCUUAUGCUGCAUAUCAUCACUAACAGUUUCCUACUAAAUCUGAUAUAUUUAAAACUGCUAGCAGUGACGCUUGAGUAUAAUGCCUAACUGAGAUAAUGCAUACAGUUCUUUACAAACUUGAAACCUUUUGAAAUAUGUAUGCUGAAAAUAUCCAUUUUGCUUUUCUUCAAAGAACACUUUUAAUUAUUAUUCUUUUUGUUAAAUGUGGGAAUUUUUUCCUUUUCUGACAGCAUGUCAUGCUCACUCUUACUAUGGCUUAUUUAUAAUAAUAUUUUAUGUGUUUUUUAAUCCUGCUGCUGGGAAAAACAUGGAAAUUUCUAAAUAUUAUAAUUUUUAUGUCAAUUCCUAUUUGUAAGCCACAGCACAAGGGUCUUAAAGAAGUAUUUACAAGGAAAUAUAGAAACAGUGUCAUUUCUUGGCAACUGGACAUAUUCCCUGUUCCUUUCUUUUGCUUUAGAUGGCAGUUUUUGUGAUUUAGGAUGUUAUGUCUCUGUUUCUUGUUCUGCUGUUACAGAUUCUUUAAAUUGUAUUUUAAAAAAUGUGCUGCAACAAUAUCCCUCAUUACAAUGACAAUUUUCUUUAUUAAAAUAUUGCAUGGGA